ACUCAUAUCGGACCUCUUCAGACUUGCUCUCCUCACAGAAGUUCUCCAGGAUCCAGAAGCCAGAUAUCAAAAGAUUGGAGUAGACCGGUUGAUGAGACCUUUUGGUUCAUAUGUAACACAGAAGAGCGCCAGACAUAACCAGUGUCUCGACAUUGCUACCUACUCACUUCAAAACAGUGUGGCUACAUCUUUUUUAAAUUAACCCCAUACACUGCAAACCAGAGCAUCGUCAAAGGAUGAAAGGAUUUGGACUUCAACUGUUUAUCGCGCUCACCACCUUGUUAUGGGUGUCAGGAUUAGGGUGCCACAUUGGAGACGAAGAUUUGCGGUGUACAGUUGAUUACCUCAAGACAAUGUCUUGCUGUUGGUCAGCCAAGGUUUCCAAAAAUGCCCGUUGCACCUUGUGGGUUGAUGACCCAGACCAUGAUGAGGAGGACGAAGAUGAGCCUGAAUUUCCAAAGAACUGUAUCCCAAAGAGUGAACCGGGCUCAUCGGAGAUGCAAGGCAGAAGCUGCAAUCUCACUUUCCUGUUUUUCGCUGCUGGACAGACCUUUAACAUGACUCUGCUCUGCCCAGGCCCUGAGCCUCAGGCUGCAGUAGCAUGGAGUCCAAAUUUCAAACCAUUGCAUAACAUUAAACUGAAACCACCAUACAACUUAACAGUCACCAAUAAUUCCCAAGACCAGACCGAUUUCAGCUGGAUGAUAUAUUACGAGAUGGAAUUCGGUGAUAAACUGCAAAUUGAAAUGAGAUACAAAACUGAAGAUGAGCAGUGGACAAAUGCCAGGAGGCUUCGCAGUAUAAAGCGCAAACAACAGGCAAUGAUUGACGGGUCUAACCUGAAACCCAACCGUCUCUACAUGGCGCAAAUCCGCAAUAAAAUAGUGGAUGACAAUCCAGAUGGCUACAGGAGCACCUGGAGCGAAUGGAGUCCAGAGGUCAAGUGGGAAUCGGCAGUAGCCGAAGACCUGGAAGGUAUCUUCGGAGUGACCCAAGUCAGUUCUCUGCUAAUCGCUGGAAUCCUGAUAGUGUUCGGCAUAUUGGCCAUCUUGACCUUUACUCAAAUGACCAUAAGAAGGUACAAUGUGAAGAAACUCCAUUGGCUGUCGAUACCAGAUCCAGGCAAGUUCUUUUACGAGCUGAAUGCAACAUACGGAGGCAAUUUUCAGCAGAAAUGGCUUGGGUCAACGAUGCCGGCUUCAUUCAACAGCACCGAGGACCUGGGGACGGAAAUCUCUUCUGUUGAGGUUUCAGACAUAAAAGAUUCGGAAUCCUUCAUCAAGCAGGAUUACGUCUCGGACAGCAGUGGAUUCAAGAGUAUCGGGAAUUCAUCUCAGUCCAGCUUUGCGAACCAAGGCUACUUCUGGUUUAGAUAUCCCAGCACUUACGAAGUGGAUUCUUGUAAAGUCUACUUCAGCUAUGACCGCAGCAGCCUUCGAUCGGGGAGUGAGGGGAGUGGGUCAUAUCUCCAGAAGAAAGGGUCUUCUCUGACCUUGUCCAAUGAUUCUCUGUAUGAUAGCAGCCAGCAGUAUUCACCCUGCAGUGUCUUUAUAACAGAUCCAGAUCAGGAGUAUGUCUCAACUCAAGUUAAAGCCGGCCAAAGGACCUUGACUGAUGAAGAAAUGGAUGGUUCACCAAGAGGACUUGAGGACCCUGGCAUAGUAACAUCCUCAGGCGAGUUGGGCUACCUUGGACAAUUGCUAAGAGAUGACAGUCCACCCAGAGGGAGCCAAGAGGGUCUCAAUCCAUUCAGCCAGAUGCACCUCUUUGAAAAUUUGCAUUACCCCUUUGUUUCUGUGGAGGAUGUAGCACUUACAGCGAUAGAGGAAAAUAUCAGCAAAUGUAGUUCUGAUGGCUUUACGUUUGAUGAGAGUCAAAUGGAAUCUCCACCAAUCAACACAGAAAAUACACUGAGUGCACAGUGUCCUCAAGAUGGGUUGAGACAAGAAAGCACCAGUAUUUUUAAGAGCACAUCUCUAAAUCUAGGACAGUCUAGUGAUGUAUAUCUUUCACUUAAGGAAGUUCAAAGUAAGUACAGUAACCAGUCAAUUUAGGAUAGAUUUCAAUAAGGAUUUGAUGGCUUAAAUAUUUGCACUAUUGUGCCUGGAUGUGCUAUUAGCAUGAUCCUCAUUCCAAAAGAUAACUAAAUAUCUAUUUAUCUUCAUUGUUGUGUCCUUGGGAAUCAUUUAUGUCCAUCACAAAGAUGGAUCAUAAUAUCUCAUGCAAGACUGCAAUGGUCCCCAGGAUUCACGAGACUGCAUCAAUGUGUGAUUUGAACUCAGCACCUUCUGAUCAAAAUGCUGAGCCAGAGCUGCCGCGAAGCCGGUGUCGCUGCGCGAUUUGGAUGUUUUGAAAGGGCAGACUUUGUUCACGUUUAGCUGAAGACUGACGCAACAGCAGCCCACCACAGCUCUUUCAGACUUGGUGAAAGUGAGGACUGCCGAUCAGUGUCCGAAAGGUGUGGUGCUAGAAAAGCACAGCCGGUCAGGCAGCAUCCGAGGAGCAGGAGAGUUGCUGUUUUGAGCAUAAGCUCUUCAUCAGGAAUGCUGGGAUUGGUGAGGUAUCUGUGUCCCAGAGAUGUUCCCUGAAACGUCUCCUCAAUGUAGAGGAGACUGAAAUCAAGAGCAAUGGACACAGCAGAUGAGGUGUUUGGACAAGAGCAAUGGACACAAUAGUGUGUCUGUUGCUCUCAAUGUGGCCUCCUCUACACUGGGGAGACAGCACGCCAACUUGCAGAAUGUUUCAGGGAACAUCUUUGAGACACACACGUCAAACAACCCGACUGCCCUGUGGCCAACCACUUCGACACCCCCUCCUGCUCCGCCAAGGACAUGCAAGUCCUGGGCCUCCUCCACUGCCAAAUCCUAGCCACCCGACAACUGGAGGAAGAACAUCAAAUCUUCCUCCUUGGGACCCUCCAACCACACGGCAUCAAUGUCGAUUUCGCUAGCUUCCUCAUUUCCCCUGCCCCCACAUUAUCCCAGAUCCAACCCUCCAACUUGGCACCACCCUCUUGAACUGUCCUACCUGUCCAUCUUCCUUUCCAUCUAUCCAGUCCACCUCCUCACCGAUCUACCACCAUUACAUCCCCCCACCUGCAUCAACUAUCACAUUCUUAGCUACGUUAACCCUAGCCCCAACCACCCCAUCCCAUUUAUCUCUUAGUUCCACACACACACACACACACACACACACACACACACACACACACACACACACACGCCUGAUGAAGAGCUUAUGCUCGAAACAUCAACUGUCCUGCUCUUGGGAUGCUGCCUGGCUGGCUGUGCUUUUCCAGCACCACUCUUCUUGAGUGAGUUCUUUCUGAAUCCCACCAUCCAAACACAUGACCUGUACUACGCAGGAGGUCAGAUGUAGGAGAACAAUGCCAGCUACACACCAUUUGGAAGAAUGUUGUUGCUCCUUCACUAGAACUCCCUGCUUAACAGCGCCCUGUACACCAAAUGGACUGCAAGAAAGCAGCACACUACCACCCUCUCGAGGGACAAUUUGGUGUGGGCUCAGCCAGCAGUGCCCACAUCCCAUGAAUGAAUGACAAAGAAAAGACCUAAUGGAAGAAAGAACUUGCGUUUUACACAGCAUUUAGAUUUGCAUACACCCACAUCCCAUGAACAAAAUGACAGCAGGAUGUUAGCUCGUCAUGAAGGUGGGAGGAGGAUCAACAGAGGCUGAUGUAGAUCCCACUUGACAGCAUCAGAAUAAAGCCUGGGAUGGCAAGCGAACCUAGAAGAGGAUAAAUGAGCAGGCCUUUUGUCAUUAAUAAGCUCCAUGUUUAGGGUCUGUUUUCUAAGGCUUGUUAGCUGAGACUGAAAAGGAAAGGUCAAGGAGGUCCCAGAUUUCUUUUUUUGACUUUUUGUGGGUUCAUCACAUUUUGGUACAACUGCCCCACGGAUUCAAGGGAAGAAGAAAAUCCAUUUUGUAGUCCAUUGACUGGUCAUUUCCUGCUGCUGGAAAGCGUUGUACCUACAUACUCUGAUGCUUAGCUUAAAGUUUGAGCUGAUGGGCGUGCCAAUACCUUCCUCUCAUGAACAACGGCCAUUUUGACAAUGGCAGAGGAACCUUGAGAACUGAACUGAAUCAUCACAGAAAGGAAGGAAGGAAUAAAAAUGCCCUCUCAACCAAUUCUCAUAGAACAUUUUGAAUAUAUUUACAAUUAAUAUAGGAUUUGCUAAUAAGGUAGCAUUAGAUGCAUUAUUUAAAAUUAAUUUCUCUUUAAUUGAGUGCCAAUUAUAUUUGCCAAAAUUGUACAUCACAACUUGUUUCAAAUAUUUCCAUCUCUAUGAUUCUAUGACUUUAUAAUUUGUUUCAAAUAUUACCUGUCAGUUCUCAGAAUCAGGAAUAGUGAUGAUACAAAUCAUUCACCUCAUAUAAAAUCAGACAAAGACUGGAAGGAAGAUGGAAUAUUCCUUUGUUAUGGGUAGCAAACCCUCAUGAGCACUCUUCAGCCGUGGAAUUUCAAUCUAACUCAACAUAAAAAGCAAAUGAUUUGGAGUUGCCGGUGUUGAGGUGUACAAAGGGAAACAUUUGUGGUGAAUGUUCAAUUCUUAUUGAACAUAAAUUUAUUGUUUGUUUUUCU